CUGAAACUCUGAAGCCUCAGGAAGAACCAGUGGCUGAAACGUCUGCUACACUAAUUGAAGAUAAAGAACCAGAUGUUUACAUGGAAAAUAAUGAACCAGAGUUUGUGGAAACAAGCCAUGUUGAUCAAACAUGUACUGAGCCUGUGGAGAAGGAUAUGGUAGAAGCAGCCGCUGAAGGUCCUGUACUAGUUGUGGUUGAGAAGAUCAUUGAGGAUCAGAAAUGUUCUGAACCUGUGACGGAGGAUAUGGUAGAAACAGUCGCAGAAGAUCCUGUACCGGCUGUGGUUGAGAACAUUGAGGAUCAGAGAGGUUCUGAACCUGUGACAGAGGAUACGGUGGAAACAGAAGAUCCUGAACCAGCUGUGGUUGAGAAGAUUAUUGAAGCUCAGACAUGUUCUGAACCUGUGACGAAGGAUAGAGUAGAAGACGCCCCAAAAGAUCUUAUACCAUAUGUGGUUGAGGAGCAUGAGGAAAUCGCUGAGUGUGAGAAGAAAGGUGUAAUAGUUAGUGAGGAAGCUAAUAACACCAAGACAACUGAGGAUGACUCUGUAACAUUGAAGGACAUUGAAGGCCCUUCUACAAGCUCACAUUCUCAAGCAUAUUUGACCACCACAGAGGAACUGCCUCCCCAGAAACAAAUGAUCAGUUUACUCGACAGCAGUGAGGAUGAAGACAGUGCUGAUGAAGGUCUGCCUUCAGAGGAGGGUUGUUCACAGGAAGCUGUAGAUGUGGAGAGUGAAGAUGUGAUGUGCCCUGAGGAAAAUCAGAUGUCGGAAGAAGCAGAGGCUCAUGGUAACGGACUUUUUGUCAUAGACACUAGACCUGGGCUACAGCCUAAAGAACAGUACUAUAUUGAUAAAAAGCAAACUAAGGAAGAGGAUGAGGAUGAUUUCGUAGAUGAAGAGGGAGAUGAUGAUGAUGAUGACGACGAUUCAAAAGUGCUCUUUGCUCCCAAAAAGCCUCUGAUACAUCUAUCAAGUUCCAUUGACCCAGGUCUGAAAAUGAAGGAACUUGGUGGUUUGUACAUCAGUUUUGAUGGUAACACGCCAAAGAAUCCUUUCAACAAUUCGCAAACCCAGAAGAACCUGAACAAUCCGGAUGAGUUGCUGAAGAAGAGUGUUAUUGUUCCUGAUUUUGAGAAGAAAGAUGCUGUGCCACCUUACAAGGAAUCAAAGCAUGCUGCGAAACUCAAGCGCAAGGCGGAAAGAGAAAAGACAUCUGGCGAUGGCUGGUUCAACAUGAAAGCUCCUGAAUUAACAGAAGAGCUCAAAAAUGACCUGAAGGCUCAGCAGAUGCGCUCGGCCAUGGACCCAAAGCGCUUCUACAAGAAGAACGAUAGAGACGGAUUUCCCAAAUACUUUCAGGUUGGUACAGUGGUUGACAGCCCAGUAGACUUUUAUAAUUCACGAAUCCCCAAGAAACAAAGGAAAAGAACCAUUGUGGAGGAGCUUCUUGCUGAUGCAGAGUUUAGAAGCUAUAACAAAAGGAAAUAUCAAGAGAUCAUGACAGAAAAAGCAGCACAGGCUGCUGGUAAGAUGAACAAAAAGCACAAGUUCCAUAAAAAGAAAAUGAAUAAAUAAUUUCACAAGGCAAGUCUGAUUUUUUAUUUUUCUCCUGUCUGUGUUUUUUUAUUUUUAUUUUUUUACACAAGACAUAGGUUUAUAUAUGUGAAUUAUAUAUACCACACAUGCCCAAACUGGCCUUUGUAAAUAUACAGCAAUUAAAUUCAGCAGAUUGAAAAGGCUACUUGUACAGA